UUCCCGAGGGGGAUCAGUGUGCCAGGCUCAGUCAGGAUGGGAGAAGGAGCCACUUCAACACUCAAAGUGGUAAUUUUGAUAUUAUUGUGAUUUGCGAUUAUAGUAGAAAGAUAAUUGACACAGGUGUCAUUGUAGUGCUGGGACAUUCACAUCCUAAAAUCCUUUGCUCAGUGUCUAGAAACACAAGCCAGGAGAGUGGAAUUUCUUCAUAUUGGAGAAACUGAGGCAGCAGCUGAUCUGUGGGGCCACCAGGAACAGAUGAAGAACCUGGAGGGGAGGGAGAAGACUGGAUGUGCCUGGAAACGAGAAACUCUGAAAACUCCAGUGCAGAUAACAACAUUCCCUGCCUGGGAAAGCUGUUUCCAUGCAGGCCAGGCAGCAGGGCAGGGUCACACCACAGUGCCUGGGUGGGUUUAUAAAGGGAGGAGAAGCAGCAGGAGCACCCAGGUGUGUCAGGAGGGAGAAGAGCUCCGACCUCCAGUGUCCCGUGGCUGCACCCCCAGGCUCUCAGGAUGGUUUCGAGGAAGGUGGUGGCCAGUUUGCUGCUGGUGUCCCUGCUGUCCGUGCUGGCUGAGCAGACCCAAGGCUUCAUGCCCUUUUUCACCCAGAGUGACUUCCAGAAAAUGCAGCUGCAGGAAAAGGAGAGGAACAAGGCAGGGCAGAAGAAAUCCCUGAGCUCGCUGCAGCAGCUGGAGGAGGAAGGUUUCUCUGAGCAAUCUGGUGUGGAUGCCAAUGCAGCCAAGACCCUCCAGCAGGCCCUUCCUGUCAGAGCUUGGCUUACCCCAAGGCAGCUGGAAAAAUACCAAGAUGUCCUGGAGAAACUGCUGGCAGAGCUGUUACAGGACACCCCAGAUGCUGACUGAUAUCUGCAGGAUCAGAAGAGAAAGCGCUGGAGCUGCUCAAGCUGAAAGACUCCACUUAUGUAAACGAAAUUUGUGAGAGAGAUUAAUGAAAUCUGAGGUGAGAUAAUAAAUAUGCAGCGUAAUUAAAA